AUGCGUGGAUUUGUGGUGUUGUUUGCAAUUUGUUUGGCAGCGGUGGCUGUUUCAGGAGGAUAUCUAGGAGGAGGAGGUGGUGGCGGCGGAGGACAUGGUGGUGGCGGUGGAGGUUAUGGCGGUGGCGGCCAUGGUGGUGGUGGUGGUUAUAGCAGCGGCGGCCAUGGUGGUGGUGGUGGUUAUAGCAGCGGAGGUGGUGGAGGCAAAAGAGGUGGUGGCGGCGGAGGUUAUGGUGGUGGUGGUGGAAAAAGCGGAGGCGGCGGCGGUGGUUAUAUUAUUAUUUCCAAAGGAGGCGGUGGUGGCGGCGGCGGCAAAGGAGGCUAUGGCGGCGGAUAUGGUGGUAGCUCCGGUGGUGGCUAUGGCGGUGGUGGUGGUCAUGGUGGCGGCAGUUCAGGCGGUUAUGGUGGUAAAAGUGGAGGUGGCGGCUGGUAAUUUCUCUCCUCAGUUUAAAACUCUAUGACCUUAAAUACUGCUGCUAUUGAUAUUAUUGAUAAAUAACUAAAACCUUAGUAUAUCUUCUGUAUUAAUAAAAUGCUAUGUGUUCAUUUUAAAACUUCUAAUAAAUAAAUUUUAUAUAAUUUUUUUGCAUAAAACAAA